CUCGACCACCAACUUUCGUCGCGUCAGGCGUCUGUCUGUCUAUCACCAACACCCGCGCGCCGUGCCAACAGACGUCUGCAGCUGUGUGAUACGGCUUCCCAGUCGGACCUUCCUUCCUCUUUCCCUUCCGCCCUGCUGCAGGGACAAAUAAAGCCAUGGGCUCGAGAACGACGAGGAGUGGACGAAGUGUUCCGCGGGUGAAUUAUGGUGAGCAUGGGGAUGACGACGACGACGAGGAGCAGGUCAAGCCAAGGCAGGCAAAGCGAAAGUCGAGGCAGAUGGAUGACUUUGUGGUCGACGACGACGAUGAGGACGUUGAGGACGAGUACGACGAGGAAGAUGAAGACGAGGACUAUGGUCGCAGAUCGGCUUCACGACGGCAGAGACGAGAAGAGAAGGACUUUGUCAAGGACGAUGAAGAUGAGGAAGACCCUGACGAAGAAUACGGUGGUUCCAGCAGUCGCAAGCCCAAGCGCAAUGAGCAACAGUCAUCUGAUAGAAAGAGCAGGCUCGAGGCUAUGGCGGCAAGACGCAGAGCGACGCAAAAGGCUGAGUCUGAAUAUGGUGAAGAGACAGAGGAGGCCGAAGCCGAGGACGACGAUGACGAUGAAGAGGACCUGGGGGAGAUGGCGUCCGACGAAGAGAUUUUGCCCGCUCGAAAACCACGCAGCUACAAGUUGCGUACUCGAACGAAGCAGGUCAACUACAACAUCGCUCCGCCCCCCCUCGACGCCAUCGAUCCGACGACACAGGUCAAGAGGGGCAGAGGCAGGCCGAAGGAGAAGUUCAAGUACGACCUCUCAGGUCUCAAUGGCGCCAUCAGCGGCUUGCCGGGCACCCGAAAGUCAAUAGAAGACUGGGGCAAUCUCCCCGCAUCGAUGUCGGGGAAGGACUACGACCGACUAUUCGGCAAGGGCGAUCCAGACUCUUCAGACGAGGACAUUCCAGCUUCUCGAAAGGCGGGCGCCAAUGCGGCGGCCAUCUUUGGUGGCUCAGCUGCCGGUGGGUUGCUCGGUACUGGCGGUGUGGGAGGUGGCGGGGGCGCGGCCGGGGGAAGUGCGCUCGGGGCCGACUUGGGCGCCAACCGGGACGCCAUGGGACGGAUGAAGGGCACGACCGAGCUCGCAGAUGUAGAUCCUCUCGGCGUAGACAUGAAGAUCGACUUCAGUUCGGUGGGCGGCCUUGAUCAGCACAUCCAGCAGCUCAAGGAAAUGGUCAGUCUACCUCUUCUCUAUCCCGAAGUGUUCCAAAGAUUCAAAGUGACACCGCCGCGAGGAGUACUCUUCCAUGGUCCACCCGGCACCGGAAAAACGCUCGUUGCUCGAGCUCUGGCCGCUAGCUGCAGCUCUUCGGGUCAGCAGAUCUCGUUUUUCAUGCGCAAGGGCGCGGACUGCUUGUCCAAGUGGGUGGGCGAGGCAGAGAGACAGCUACGUCUGCUUUUUGAGGAGGCGCGAGCUAGCCAACCGAGCAUCAUCUUCUUUGACGAAAUCGACGGUCUGGCACCGGUCAGGAGUUCAAAACAGGAUCAGAUUCACGCGAGCAUCGUCAGCACACUUUUGGCUCUUAUGGACGGCAUGGAUGGACGCGGCCAAGUCGUCGUCAUUGGCGCGACGAACCGGCCCGAUAGCGUCGAUCCAGCCCUGAGAAGACCCGGGCGCUUUGAUCGCGAAUUCUACUUCGCCUUGCCCAACCGAGAAGCAAGGAAGAGCAUCAUCAACAUUCAUACCCAGGGCUGGGAUCCACCCUUGGAUGACAGCUUCAAAGACCGCUUGGCCGAGGUGACCAAGGGCUACGGUGGUGCAGACCUAAGAGCGUUGUGCACCGAAGCCGCUCUCAACGCAAUCCAGCGGCGAUAUCCCCAAAUAUAUUCGACGACUGAACGACUCCAACUCGCACCAGAGACAAUCAAGGUAGAUGCCAAGGACUUCAUGAUGUCCGUCAACAAGGUCGUUCCCUCGUCUGCUCGAUCCUCGACAUCCUCGGCCUCUCCCCUGCCCGAGCACCUGCGCCCUCUGCUCUCUGCUACCGUUGAGGAAGCCAUCGCGGCCUUGGGGAAGGUCAUGCCACCUUCCUCGAAGCGUAAUCCUCUCGAGGAAGCGAUGUGGGAGGAUGAUGACCAGAACCCUUCGGCAUCAAGCGACGGAGGCUUUGGUAGAGAAAUGAUGUUGCAGUCUUUUGAAAAGAUGCGCGUCUUUCGACCAAGAUUCCUCAUCCACGGUCGUCCUGGAAUGGGUCAGACGUACGUGGGCGCUGCUUUGCUGCAACAUCUCGAGGGCUACCACGUUCAAGUGCUGGACGUUGGCUCGAUCAUGGGCGACAGCAGCGUGACGCCCGAGGCUUGCGUCGUCCAGAAGUUCAAUGAGGCCCGGAGACACAAGCCAAGCAUCCUCUUCAUUCCCGAUCUCGUCAGUUGGUCCAAUUCCGUCUCCGAGAGUGUACGAACGACGACCAAGUCUCUGCUCGACAGUGUCUCGCCAUCGGAUCCCAUCCUCCUCCUCGCAAUUGCCGAGGAGCCAAUCUCGGCUCUGCCUCGUGAUGUGAGGCCAUGGUUUGGGUACAUGCGUAACAACAAAGUCGAAGUGACGAGCCCUUCGCUGCCAGAGCGUCAAGCUUACCUUUCCAAUGUGCUUGGCAAUGUGAGCAAGCCGCCAAACCAGUUUCCUGAUGCAAUGCCAAGGCGAAAACGGGUACUCGAGGAGCUGCCCAUAGCUCCUCCUCCGCCCCCUAGGCAACCGACGGUGGCCGAGCUUCGACAGCAGGCCAACGACGACGCACGGCUGCUGGAGCAUCUCAAAUUUCGUCUCGGACCCGUUCUCGCAGAUCUCCGAAAACGCUUCCCGCGCUUCAAGAAGGAUGUAUGGGACGAGUAUAACCUGCACGAGCUCACGCAACAAUUCGAUUGGCGUCGCGAGAAGAACAAGGUCAUUGUCACGCUUCUCUACGAACCCGACUCGCAGCUCAUUCAGCGAAGGCGGAGAUCAAGCGCCGAUCCGGAGCGUCUGGGCGCCCACCGCCUCACAACGAAUGCCUUGGCUGCCGAAGACAGCAGGGAAGCCAGCCGAGGCGGUAGUGCAGAUGUCACCCUUCAAGUUCCCAACCUCUCUUCGGAUCAACCGACGGCUUCACAAGAGUCUUUGAUGGCUGCUGGCAACGGCAUCCCAUUGAUGCCUUCGGCAGGGACCGGAGCGAAUGGUUACAACUCGGGGCAACACCUCAAUGGCUCUGCUGGUGGCUCCUUGACUGGCCUGGCGGCUGCCAUGGCUGGUGGCUUCUCUUCAGCUAAUCCACCUCCCGCAAACCCGACGACGGAUGGCCAGGCAAAUGGGAUGCGUAAAAACGAAUUCGGGUUCUACGUCCGUGAUCUUCACAUCUGGACGAUGACGCUGGAGAAGAUGCAAAAGAGACUCUACUACAAUGGCUACCUGACGUGCAAAGAUUUCAUGGACGACCUGGGCAAAAUCGUUUCCAAUGCCGAGGAGGCCUCUGAAGUCGAUGAGGAACGAUUGACGAGAGCACAACAGCUAAGGAAUGUCGCCAACAUUCUCAUCGAUCAAUACGUCGACACUGCCUUCCGAGUGGAGUGCGAGCGUAUGAGCGAGAGGAUGUUGAAGAGGGAAGAAGAAGCAAAGGCUGCCGAGGAGAAAGCAAAAGCGGACGCAGGAGCUGCGACAGCGGGCGAGGCGACAGCGACAACAGAGAGCAAUGGCGACAAGAAGCGGAGUGCGAUGAGCAGCGAUGAGGCUGAGACGGGUGUCGAUGAUGAAGUCAGAAAGCGGGCAAGACUGCAGGGAGAAGAAACCGACCUCUCAAUGGACCUCGGACAUGAGCAGGCUACUCUGCUCGGUCAGGGAAUCGGCUCGUCAACGGUUUCGAGUGGUCCUCAAAUGCAGGCCCAAGCGCAAUUGGAUCCUUCGCUAUACCCACCACCGCACGGCUUCCCAGCAUAUCCGUCGUCUCUGGCUCAAGACAAGUUAAAGGGAGCACAGCCCUAUCUGAACGGAAUCUCGUCCCCCAUCGUCCAUGCGUCUGGUACACCACCACCGCAAGCUGCCCCUCUGCCACCAUUCAAGGUCGAUCGCCAGCAUUUGGACCAGCUCUUUGCUUACAUGCUUGGUAAGACGGGCAUGUUCAACAUCGAGCAACUCGAGCAGCUUCGAGCCGCCGCAUUCGAUGUCAUCUGGAAGAGGAGAUCCGAAUGGGAUCGAAGCGAGCUCGUCAAGGAGCUCAGAGUGCUAACGGAAGAGAUCGUCGAGGCCGUCGAAGAGGAGGAGAGGGAUCGGAAUGCGAUCCUCGAAGACCAAGUUUGAAAUCUGGAUGUCAUGUCUUUUCCCUUCGUUUGUAAUCCUAUCAGCCAUCUCCAAGCU